CAAAACCAGAGAAACAGCGGUACAUGGCAUCAAUACAUCAGAAGAAAGUCAGUUCAAAAAGUCACAGUGUGGAUGACGGUUAGGAGCAGCACGCCCAAGGAAAACAAAAAAACAUAAACGCAGCAUGGAGGGAAUUACAAUCUGACACAAAACGUUAUUAAAAUUCUUCUCAGGCCGUGUAAACAUGAACUGUGUGUGCGUGAGAGAGAGAGAGAGAGAGAGAGAGAGCGAGAGAGAGAGAGAGAGGGCCGUCUCACAUCUAUGAGAGAGGAGAGGCUAUGAAAGAGCUUUCCAGUAAAGACUGAAGACGAGCUGAGCAGAGCAGAAGCGGUGACACAGACAAGCCUGCAGGAUAAAUGACUUCAGAGGUGAAAACGGCAACAAGGCAGCCCUCAGCCAGGACUCGUUUCUUUUAACAUGAAACAAUUAAACUCAGCUUUAUUCAUUUAACUCAAGCUUUAACAGACUAAUAAUGGAGCAGCAUUAGAAGUUGGAUGGAGGAAAAUACACGCAGGACUACUGUGAGCUCACACUCCUACACAUUCACAGCUGUGCUGGAUCUCCUACGGAAGGAUUAUUGAUGAUCCUGAUGUUUAAAACUUCUGAGCCACAAUGAAUACGACUUUCAGGCCGGUACUCCAAACCUCUGCAGUGUUCGACACCUCUCUCCCCAUAUCCACGUCAUCCCUCCCAGGCUCCAUGUCAUCGGCUUCUCUUUCUCCUUUCUCCACCUCAAACUACUCAACGGUCACUUCAACCCCGAUGCCUUGCUCAUUUAAUAAUGAAAGCCUCCGUGUUCUGCAGGCGGUGCUCUACUCUCUUUUCUUCAUCUUUGGACUUGUGGGUAACCUCUUUGCUCUGUGGGUCUUCCUGUUCCUACAUUCGGGUCGAAACUCAGUGCGGGUGUUCCUCAUCAACUGUGCAGUGGCUGAUCUGAUCUUCCUGGUAUGCCUGCCCUUCAGGGUCUUCUUCCACAUUAAUGGAAACAAAUGGGUACUGGGACCUGUGGCCUGCAAGAUGGUGGGAAACUUAUUUUACAUGAACAUGUACAUGAGCAUAUUUCUACUCGGAUUCAUCAGCCUGGACAGGUACUUGAGGCUGAAGGGGAAGGGCAGAGCAUGGAGACGCCUAAGGCUGAGGCUGUGGGGGCGAAGCAAGCCGUGGAGCUGGGUGGCAUGUGGAGUUCUGUGGAUUGCGUUCCUGGUGGGUGUGAUUCCCAUGAUUGCUGGAGCAGAGGAUAAGGAACACAGCGAUAAGUGCUUCCAGUACAAAACGCGACAAAAAGCCAACUGGAAAGCCUACAUCAACGCAGGGCUGGUGGCAAUGUUCUGGUUCAUCUUCAUCAUCCUCGUGGUUUCCUAUGCCAAGAUUGCCUCCCGGCUGCAGCAGGUGUCACGGGACAAGCCGGACCUACCUAACGCACAGAGAUACAGGCGAACCGCACAGAAGUCCUUCUUUGUCCUCUUUCUCUUCACCAUCUGCUUCGGGCCCUACCACGCCUUUCGCCCUUUCUACAUCUCCUCCCAAUUGAGCUCAAGCCUACCCUGUAACUAUAUGCAAAUCAUGGACUGGACCAAUGAGGUGAUGUUGUUAUUCUCAGCCUUUAACAGUUGCUUGGAUCCUGUCAUGUACUUUCUGUUGUCGGGCUCGGUGCGCAAAGCUGCCCUCCAAGCACUUGGACGCAGACUCGGCCACCGGCUUCUCUUCCUGAAUGACGUGACAUCCAACAGCUCCACCAUGGAUUUCAGACGGCCGUCUGUCCCCGUGGUUCUACCUAACCUUGGUCUAAACACUCAGUCGCUCACCCCCAGAACCAGUAUGUGUGUCAUCAACUCUAACCUCCGCUGCACAAGAGUGACUACGCUUCCACCUACUGGCCAACAGUGAUCACAGGAGGAAAAAAAAAUCGGAGCAAAGCAUUUCUAUUGACAGCUUCGGUUCUAACAAAUUAUGUCCUUGUACAUUAACCACUGUCAGAGAUGGAUUUUGAACAUUUUUCAUUAUUGGUUAAAGACAACAGAUUUAUGUCUGAAGACAUGUACUACAGCAUCAGCCAUGUCUUUAAAAAUGUACAUUUCUUAAAAGAUUAAUGAUGAUAUGAAAUGUGUGUGCGUGUGUGUGUGUGUGCGUGUGUGUGUGUGUGCGUGUGCGUGUGUGUGUGUGUGUGUGUGUGUGAGUGAAUGUCAAGAAUUUUCAGUAUUAAAAAACAAAAAAACUUUUAUGGAGAAAAAUAAAUUGCAGACUUUAAUAGAGAACUAACUUUUCUCUGUUCACACUCUAUCAGCACAGAGCACAUUAUAUUGGCAUACCUAUACUGUUAAAGUGGUGGAUCCUUUUUCUAACAACAACCAGUGUUUCAAACAAUGAGGUCAGAGUAUGUAGGAGUAAUCCCUCUCAGCCAGAAGCUCAGGCUUCCUAUUGCUUUAAAUGCUUUGACUGUGGAUCUUAACUCUGGAUCCAGUGAAAGAAAAAAUAAUAUUAUUUUAUUUAUUAAGUGUGAAUCAUGCAGAUUAACCCAGUGAGUCUGCUCAUGUAGGAUAAUAGUUUAUUUAGCCCAAAUUUGUUUUAAUAUUGAAGAAAAAAAAAGUUGCUGGAAUGGACGAUAAUCUAUUUCCUCCUUUAAGCCUUUUGCUUUGCUUGAGCUCUGAAGCUCCAUAGUCUCCUCUUACAAGAAGCAACCAAACCAAAGAAAGAUAAAGUAAGAAAAUUGAUAUUAAAACUCAAUGUAAGAGGGGGAGGGGGGCAAACACACACAUAAGCAGCUGCAACAGGCUGCCACUCACUCAACACGACACCAUGGUAAUGGGAGAUCUUCUGCUUGUGGAGGGCAGCCAAUCAGAAGAAAGUUGGCCCAAAGGUUGUUUUUUCUCCUUUACACCCCCCCCCCAGCUUUGACCCACCAUGAUGAUCAGCGCUUGCACUGGUUCUGCUGCUGACACCUUUGAGCCCUGUGUGGUCAAAUGGCUCAGAUGGGAUCAAGGGCCUGGUUCAGCACUGCUCCAUAUGGCCUAGUAGUGUCGGACACCUGUGUUUGAGGGUUAAUCCUGUUGGAAAUACUGGGGGAUUCUGAUGUGGCUCUAGGAAUGCCUAAUAAAUCCACACAGCUGAUUUAUAUAUAGCCGUAGAUCCCCAAGUAUUUAAGUAAAUAUAUUUCUAAAGGUGACAUCUGGUCAAAACGUCACCUAUACUGCACCUUUAGAAAUGUAUUUACUUACAACUGGUGACAUGUUCAAUAUUUAUUUUACCGCUGUCUGCUACACUAGCACCGACUCUUGCUGAGGUGUUGGUUUGCCAAACGGAAAAAAAAAGAGACCUCAUGGUGGUUUAUUCUAAAAACCACAGAGUCACUAAACUUAAUAUUAAAAGCGGAAGUCGAGGGAAAAUUUCGGGUAAAGCGUGGGUCGCUUUCAGCAUUUGUCUUCCCACAAGCAGUGAAGACAGCAUCUUCACAGGAAGGCAGUAACACUGCGCAGUAUACAUUUCUGGUGUGAUAAAUAUAUUUAACAGGUUGUCCUUUGCGAGUCACGGAACAUGUUCUGUGGUUUCACUAGCUUGACUGCGCGA